CCAUUAUUGCUAGUAUAGCUUCCAGACACCCACAAUAGCAGCUCUUAACAUGCCAAGGCAAAUCAUAGGUAUGGAUCUGGAGAAGUGCCCCAAUAAGCAAGCCAUGGAUGCUAUUAGGCGGUCUAGUUAUUUGCUAAAAGAUGUAGCAAACUCGAGGUUGACAGACCCGCCGACCCCUCAAACAGGGGAACCAAGGUUGGCUGAAGCAACGGUGGGAAGGCCUGAAAGUAUUGUGAGACCUAGGUUUAUUCGUAGGAUUGUGGAGGAUGAGGAAGAUGAGGAGAAUGCACUAUCUAAAGAGGACCUGCUGGAGAAUAUGGAGGAGCAAGAUUCAUUAUCAAAGGAGGAUCUUUACACUUUCGUACUUGAGAGAACUGAAACCAUGGGAAAUUGGGUUAUGGAAGUGGCUAGUCUUAGCUCUUGUAGUCAUAUGUGGAAGGCUGUUAUCAGCGUGGAUUUUUAAGAUAGUUAUUUU